UUUUCAAAGCACAUGAGAUUGUGCUUGGGGAUUUUUGAGUGACAGUUGGUCAUGACGUUUUAAAAUUGCUGGAAAAAUCUUGUUGGUUUAUUGAGGUUGCUUUUGAAUUUUUUGGAAAAUUAUGAGUGACGCUUCGUGAAAUAUUUUGAAAAUUCUCAAAUUAUAACGUUGUUGUUACUUUGGUCUUAUUAUGAUGGCACAAUGAAUCAGUUAAGGUAUUUCUUUGGCUUACAUGUCCCAAGACGCGUUCCAUCCAAUGCAGUCGCAACAUGUGGCAACAACACAGGCGAAAAAUGCAUACGAAAGCGAUACUUCAAGUCAAGAAUUUUGAAAAGUGUUCAAUCGGACAAUUUCCUAAGACGAAAUUUUGAAGUUAAUAAAAUUUCGAAAAUAACCACCAACCGAUACCAGGAUAGCCGCAAAAGCAACAGUAAGUCCUUGCUAAGAAUAAAAAGCAAAACAGGCCAAUUGGAAAUUGCACGAAAAUCAAAAAGUACAAAAAUCCAAAACACGGCUCGACAGAAUAAAAAAUCAAGUCAGUCAAAUAUACCCCAAUCAAAUGCAUACAGUCUCAGUCAGAUAUCGACUUUCAAGAGUGAUUCAAAAAAUCAGACGACGUAUUCGAAAAAACAUAUGGAAAAAUCAAAAACGCUAGAUUCCAAAAACGCAACCCUACUAUUAAACAUAGAAAAAUAUCCACGAUCCUAUGCAAAGUUGAUAGCGAACUAUGCCGAAGACUUACGAAUAAAUCCGAACGACGAAUCUCGAUCCACAAAUGAAUUAAGUUUCAGAAGAUACGACGAAUCCAAAAAAUUUUCGCAAGUAAGAAGAAGCAAAGAUGACUUUGGUUCACGAAGACAGGGUUCAUCGACAUCAUCCACGAGAGAUUCUACUGGACUUCGAGACUCGGAGAAAUACUCGGAAUGGUUGGGAGUCAUGGAGGCCACCUUGAGGGGUCUAAAAAGUAACGCGAACCUGAACGAAGGCGCGAAGAUUAUGAAGGAUACUAAGUUCGAUGAAGCUGAGGUAUUGGAAUUUGUCGAUCGCAACGCCGAUUGGUUGGACGAGGUUGUGGCAGCUCACGUGGCCCAGAAAAAGCCAAAGCCAAUGACCAAUAAGAACGAGCUUGUCUCGGCUGCUAAAAGUGCCAGAGGAUUCGCUACCAAAUCUGAAAUCACUAGCGAUAAGAAACUGACUGUAGGUGACAGGACUAUUCAUCCUGACCCCAUACCUUCCAAAAGAGAAUAUUUGUUGGAAUACCUUAUUGGUGAGAAAAGUGAUACGAAUUUUAAAAUCAAAAUGAAAUCAGUCACCGAGACAAAUUUAGGAUCGGAAGUGACUUUGCGCUUGGGUCCAUCUGCGUCUGGAUUAUCUGUCAAUCUCAAAGGAUCGAGUGUCAGUUUAAAUUUGGAAUCAUUGAAUGAUAUUGGAAAUAUAAAAAAUGUACCGGAAGUUCAAGAUUAUUAUGAUUUGUCAAAAUCAAAAUUAAGGAACGACCUAACAGACAAGACUCUUGAUAAACAAAAUACAGGAAGUUCUGUAUAUAUUACUGUUAACGAGGAACAACACCCUGCUGAAGGAACUUCCGGUAAUGUGAGACAGAUUGAAAUUCGAAUCAAUGGAAAAAUGGGGAAGGAAGUAAAGAGUCUGUCGUCGAGAAAUGAUGAAGUUGCCAAUUCUGUCGGUAAUGUGGAAAUUGUUUUGCCGACGUUUGUUAAAGGAAAGGAGGAAUUUUUGAAAGAAGGGGAGAGACGAGGCUCUUUUUUGAAUUUGCAAAUUUCAUCUGGACGAGAUCAAUCCGUGGACAUGGCAUUGAAAGGGGUUUCAUCUUCCGGUUCACCUGGGGCAGGUGCUGCUAGUACCGGAAGUAUCGGUUCCAGAGGAAAUACUGCUGGUUCAAGUUCUGGUGGAUCGAAAUCUGGACCAAAGGAUCCAAAAUUACAGUCAAACUUACAGCACGAUGUAGAAAAUAAUCAAACUGUAAUACGCAUAACGUCUCGUGUUUUGCCCUGGUGGGCAUCGCCGGAUUCUUUUAAGUUCACUAAGAAUUCUGGUGGUACUUCCGGUUCAGGGUCAACGGAAGCUGGAAAAGCACCGUCUCGUAGUCAAUCAACUAAUCAAGUGGACCGAUCAAGAAAAUUGCCUGACAAGUUUUCAUCGUCUGUAGCUAAAGAUAAAGAACCAUUAAGAAAAUCCCAAAUUUCGAAAAGCCAAUCGUACGGAAAUAUUGUUGAAAAAACAAAGAUGGCAAAUAAUGAAAAGACGGAUUCUCAACAGAAAUUAGCGGUUGGUUCGAUUAGUCGAAAAAGAUCGCAAAUUCAAAAUGGUUUUGGUAUCAGUAGAGGAAGAUCUAGAAAGAGACGAAGGAGCGUGUCCGCGAUUACAAAAAUUAUUAAGAAUGAAAUAAAAAAGAAAAAUGAUAGAAUUAGUGCAAAGGUUGAUAAUGCUAUGUCAAGGAAAGGUUCUGAUUUGAAUAUUCCCAAAAAGCAAGAAAAUUUUGGAAAUAAGAUGAAUGAUCUGAGAAGUAGGCGUACAGGUGGUACUGAAGUGAUAAAAAUGCCUGAAAAAAUGGACGCGACUGGUAACCGCGUUGGGAAAAAAUUGAUUGACACUUCUGACGUCACUUCCAAAAUUCAAAAUCAAAAGAAAGCGACGGUUGCUGUUAAUAAAGUUAAGCCGUAUAUUGCAGAGAAAUCAGAUGCUUCUAAGGCAAAAUCUACGAAAAUCGAAGGUUCGAAAAUGGCUGGCACGCAUAAUACGACAUCUAAAAAUUUGAAUAAAGUGUCAGAGGGCGUUUCCGGUGUUUCGACAUUGCCUGGAGUGAAGUCAGAUGCUGAUAUGAAAGUAACUGACAAGAUCGAGAUUAAACCUAACAAAAAAUUAGACAUCUCGUCUUCGUCAAAUUCAAAAAACGUUAAAGUAGAAAAGAGUAAGGACAUUUUGCAAAAUAAUGAGGUGAACAAAGGAAAAUCUUCCGGAAAUACUGAUCCUGCAGCUGAAGCUAACAAACCGGGUUCUUCCGGAAGCAUGAAAAUACCAGAAACAAAUAAUAAAAAAAAGUUAGGCGAAAAUGUCAGUACUGGUGUACAGUUGUCGAAUGUUAGUAGAAAUACAAAAAGUAUUUUCCAAGAGAAAGCAAAAUCAGAAAUUUUUUCAAAAAAUGAUAAAGGGGUAUCAAAAGUGUCAUGGUUUUCUCCGAGUAAAAUGAUAUCAAAAAAAGAUACCAAAAUAGAUAUGACGACAGUGGAGACUUCAAAGGAUACAAAUUCCGUGGAAAUGAAAUCUCAAAAAAAUAUUCCAAAAAUAUCGUCAUACGUGAAAUCGAAUAUUUUAAGUAAAGAAAAUAUAAAGAAAGACCAGAAUCAUUCAGCAACCUCUAUGAGACAAAAUUCAAAUUCUAAUUUUGGCAGUACUAAUUUAAAGAGUUCACAAUCGAAAUUAAAGGUAGACCCUCUAAAACCAAUUUCGAAAAAUGACGAUGGUACUCUUAUUGAUUAUGGAUUGAAAGUGAUGUCUAGAAAGAAAUCAAAAAAGGGAUUAAACGAAUCAAAAGUUUCUGACGGAAUCAAUAUGGUUGUAAAGAAUAAAUCAGUAAACAAAAAUCCACUUAAAGUAAACGAGAAUCAUUCUGGAUUUGUAGCAAUUGGAAAAACAGAAAUUUACAAAAAUAAAGGGAAAACUCAUGUUGUAGAAAGGAAAGCUUCCCUGACUCAAAUUCCACGACUCAAAAUCGUAUUGGAGCCCAUGAAGAAAGUCAAAAAUAUAACUAAAGAAAACGAAACUACAUAUGCUCAAAUUUCCAAGAAAGAUGAAAAAAUAAUAAAAAAUUUAGUGAAUUUUUCAAGUAUACCAGAAAUUGACAGAAGCGCCACAAGGACAACCAAUCAAACCACAAGUGGUUCAAGUGUAAUAAAAAAAUAUGCAACCCAAUCGAGAAAAUCAGCAGCAUCGAAAAUUUCAAUUACGACAUUACCCGCAAACAACAAACAAAAUUUAAACAAAAUUUCCGAAAGUUCUAGAAAUCCCGAAAUAACUAAAAUGACCAUUUCGGAAAAUUCCCAACACCCAAGUAUUUCUGAAAACGACGUACGACCAGAAAAGGAUUUGAUAUACGCAAUCUGGCUAGAACGUUUCGAUAGAAAAAUAACCAAAGACAAAAUAGCAAAAUCAAAACCCCCAAAGUCUUGACGAAUUCUUACCCAAAAAAAGCACAAUUUCCGAAAAAAGAAACUUAAACUAUCUGCAACAUUUGUGCACCAUAUGUAGAAUCUAUUGUACUGUCAAUUAUUUAAAUCACUGUGCAGUUAAACAAAAUUUUCAAAAAUCCUUUAAAAAAUAAUUCAAAAAAGCAAAAUUAAAACAAUAAUCAAUUUCUGUCAAGCUAAUUGUCAAACUGUAGAAUUUCUCAAUAUUAUUCUCCCUGAAAAUACAAAAAUAUAUACAUACACAUAUAUAUCCCCAUAAACCAUAUCUCAAAGACGAAAGGGCCUGAUUGGAUAAUUAAAAUUCUCAUUAAAACCGUCGGCGGCGUCUUGAAACGGUUUCUCCAUACAAUGGUUGGAACGUGAACGCGAUGAGAAGGCCCCGUAAAAUAAAAAUGGGCCCAAGCUUAGAAGAGAAAUACAACCCUAGGUAUAGUAAAUACACAAUGCCCUAGCGAAGCCAUAAGUCCCAAAAUAGCCCAAAACCUCCUUAACCUACAUCGACACACAGUUACCAAUUUCCACCCGACUUACGCCACGCGUCCAAAUACCGUUAUGGCGAAUAUUAGAAUACGUCAUAAAAU